ACUAUUACCAUAAACUGCCGAUUUCCCCCCAUCCCUAGGGGCGAGCCAGCAUGAGUUCAAUAACCCAUCUGCCGCUGGGGAAAAGGGGGAGAACUCCGAAAUGGGCCAGCCCUGCCUGAUGUUUUUACAUUUUCUUCACUUCGUUAACUGCACACUGGAAUACGAGCCCGAGCUGGGUGGAGAGAAAAGCGGUCGCGUCUCACCUUUCAGCUAAGAUAGAGAGGGGGAGAUAUUCGAAAAGUUCAGUCUGCCCUCGGCGCGCUUGCUUGCAAGGCACGACUAGCCCUCUCAUUAUUGGCCGCCUGUCAGUACCGUAACAGACUGCAGAUGCAAGCAUUCAAACAAGAUCCGCUCCGUUUCUGAGCUGAGCAGACCAUGCAGGCACAGGCAGUUUGAGUAGGUUUUUGAAAGAGGGAGGACGGAAGGAAGGAAGCAAAGAGGGAAAAGGAGGAGAAAAGAGCCGGAGAAAAGUUUGUUAGGAGACUCGUGACAGAGACGUUACCGGUUGGUCGUAAAGCGCACGGUUAAAGCCUGUUCAGAGCUGGUAUCGCGGGACAAAUCUAUCAAAGAAACAUACAAGGGUCGGUCAUUGGCUGCUGACCCGUGGAGAGGGGGAUUUUAUUGAUAUUCGACAGCUGCCGGGCACUCGCCUGCUUCUGUUUGCUGGGAUUUAGAUGCGUUGGGAAGCCACCAUGCAGAGCGAUCCCAUUUUGUUCGCUUCCAGGGCCAUGGAGGAGUUGGUGUGUGAGCUGCGUCUGUUCCUGGACCUGCUGGACAGGGAGUAUCUGAGUUCUGGGGCCAGGGAGAAGAAGAUGCUUAUCUCCAACAUCCUCCACAGGGUCCUCACCCCUAAUGAGCCCUCGUUCAAGUCAGAGAUCCACAGCAGCCUCCCGGCCCCCCCUCAGAUGCCCCUCCCAGAGAUCCCACAACCCUGGCUGCCUCCAGACAACGGGCCUCCUCCUCUCCCCAGCUCCUCUCUCCCAGAGGGCUACUACGAAGAGGCCGUCCCCCUCAGUCCUGGAAAAGCCCCAGAAUACAUCACCUCCAACUACGAUUCGGACCAGAUGAGCAGUUCGUAUGAGUCGUACGACGAGGAGGAGGAGGACGGGAAGGGGAACAGAGGGAAGAAGAUGCGACACCAGUGGCCGAGCGAGGAGGCCUCCAUGGACCUGGUCAAGGACGCGCGUAUCUGUGCCUUCCUGCUGCGCAAGAAACGCUUCGGCCAGUGGACCAAGCUGCUCUGUGUCAUCAAGGACAACAAGCUGCUGUGCUACAAGUCAUCUAAAGACCAGACGCCCCAGAUGGAGCUAGCGUUAUCGGGCUGCAGCAUCACACAUGUCCCCAAGGACGGCAAGAAGAAGAAAGACGAGCUGAAGAUAGUCCACCAGGGGGCAGAUGCCCUGGUCCUGGCCGUGCAGAGCAAAGAGCAGGCGGAGGAGUGGCUCAAGGUGAUGAGGGAGGUGUGCAGCAACGGAGGGGACUCGGAUGGAACAGGCGCCGGGUCUCCUGUACACAAGCCGGACCUGGAGAAGAAGGUGUCAUGUGAUAGGCCGAGCUCAGAUGGCGAGCCGCCCCAUGAGAACGGACACACCGUCACCGACUGUAAGGACCAAGGUAAAGGAAAGAAGGACUCUCAGAAGAGAGGCACGCUGGGAAAAGGGGCGGGAAAGAAGAUAACUAAGAUAAUUGGCCUGGGCAAGAAGAAGCCGUCCACUGACGAACAGACAUCUUCAGCCGAGGAGGACAUACCCACCUGUGGCUACCUGAACGUGAUGUCCAAUAACCGCUGGCGUGAGCGUUGGUGUCGUCUGAAGGACAACCAGCUGUUGCUCCAUAAGGACCGCGCUGACCUGAAGACCCAUAUGGCCAGCCUUCCCCUCAGAGGCUGCGAGGUCAGCCCCGGACUGGACUCCAAACACCCCUUUGCCUUCCGCCUGCUCCGCAAUGGACAGGAGGUGGCUGUACUGGAGGCGUCCUCCUCAGAGAGUAUGGGUCGGUGGUUGGGGGUGCUGCUCGCUGCGACUGGCUCCACCACAGACCCUGCUGCCUUGCACUACGACUACAUAGACGUAGAGACUACCGCUAACGUCAUCCAGCUGGCCAAGCAGUCCUUCUGCUUCACUAGUAAACGUGUUGUAUCUCCCAACCCCUAUCUGGACAACCCUGUGAACGGUUAUGCCUGCCCCUCUGGAAUGGCACUGCACUAUGAUGAUGUGCCCAUCAAUGGAACGGACCCAGAGGCGUUAUACUCCAGCCCUGCCACCGGAGGGCGACGUCUGAGAGAGGAGGUGUUGUAUGAGAACGCUGACCUCUAUGAGAACAUGCCUUCGCCCAAGCUGGCCGCCCGCUACUCCCCCAAGCCCAGCCGCCUAGCCUCUUCCUCCAGCCACUACAAAACCCCCGGCCCUGUUAAAUCCAAAUUCCUCUCCUCCUCUUCCUCAGCUAACACUAACACUAAAGCCGGUACUCAGCUGAAGGGAAAGAAGGCCCCGGUGACCAAUGGGACAGCGUCUAAACAGAAGGUGGACAAGAACCAGGCCAAGAAGACCAAUGGAACAGCCACCAAUGGAACAACCGGUGGAGCAUCUGUGAAACGCAACAACUCCAGUGCAGAGCAGUAUAAGUACGGUAAGAACCGCGUGGAGGCGGACGCCAAGCGGCUGCAGGCCAAAGAGGAGGAGCUGAUGAAGAGGAAGCAGGACAUCAGGAACCGUCUGACCCAGCUGAAGAAGGACAGGAAAGACCUGCGCACCGCCAUGGAGGCCAGCACCGGUAAGCGUUCCGCUGCGUCUCUGGUGGAGCGGCUGAAGAAGGUGGAGGACGAAUGCAAGCUGAAGGAGGACGAGAGGGUGAGCCUGGAGCUGGAGCUGACGGAGGUCAAGGAGAGUCUGAAGAAGGCCCUGAGUGGAGGAGUCACCCUGGGACUCACCAUUGAGCCCAAGUCUGGCACCUCCAGCCCGCAGUCCCCAGUGUUGCUGAGGCGUACCCUAGAGAACUCUCCCAUCUCCAGCUGUGACACCAGCGACACAGAGAGCUGUUCUACCCUGCCCGUCAACAGCGCCUCCCUCCUCCGCAGAACGGCCAAUCAGAAACCCUCGACCGUCCGCGGCCACGUCCUCAGGAAGGCCAAGGAAUGGGAGAUGAAGACGGGAACAUAAGCAGCAACUCUCUUCACAACGAUCCUAUUGUACUAGCUUAUUUUGUGUGUGUGUGUGUGUGUGUGUAUAUAUUUAUUAACUUUUCACAUGGGGAAGAAGGUUGAAGAGGAGGACACUACAAUCGUAGCAUAGCCAACCAGAAAGACAAUAAGGACAAUGCUGAUUUGAGUAUACUUUAUUUCCAAAACAUAAAGAAAUAGCACUCUUUUUGUAGCUUACUAUUGUAUAAUACCGUGUAUUAUAUCUGGCAUGUUUGAACCACUCUGUCGUGCGGUUUGGUAUUCGUCCAAUCAUUUUCUUUCUUUUCAAGCAGACAUCCAAUCAUAGACGGUCUUCUGUGAUCUGUUUCUCCAUCACAUACAAAUCUGGUUUCUACAACUCUUGGGGUUCAAAAAUCAAGUGCAAAACCAAGUAUUUAUUUGUAAAUGUUUAUUAAGUAAACAUCCCUGUGAUUAUUUAUAUUGAUAAUAUUUAAUGCUUGUUUUAUAGUGUAGCUGGCUCUCCGUAGGCGCCCAGGUUAUCUUUCCUACUCAGUUGGAGGCUCUCUAGUUCACGAGCAAAUGUUUUCGAGUGGUUAACGGCACUGCGCCACUAAUGUGCACGUCAUCUAAAUGGGUUAAUCGAAUCAUCAGUCUCACUGUUAGGCAAUCCGGAUGAUUUGCAGGUCAUCGAACCAGCAACGCACCUACUCCCUCCUGGUUGAUGCUUGUGAGUGGGCCGUUGGAACGCUCCACUCAGUGAAGUGCAGGUCAGGCUAAGGCGUGGUCCUGUCCCGGCGAGUUGGAAAACUCCUAAAACCUCAAGUAACGUGGCCUCUUCUAUUUAAGCUUGACAACCAGGAGCCUCGGCCCAGCUCUUUUAAUCAUGCCACUGGUGUACUGUAGCCCUGUGAUCUGAUCUGGUGUGUGUGUGUGUGUAUGUGUGGCUUGUGUGUUAGUGCGCACGACUGUGUGUGUGUGUGAGUGAUCGUGUUUGUGGCUUGUGUGUUAGUGUGCACAACUGUGUGUGUGAGUGAGCGUGUUUGUGGCUUGUGUGUUAGUGCGCACGACUGUGUGUGUGAGUGAGCGUGUUUGUGGCUUGUGUGUUAGUGCGCACGACUGUGUGUGUGUGUGUGAGUGAGCGUGUUUGUGGCUUGUGUGUUAGUGCGCACGACUGUGUGUGUGUGUGUGUGUGUGUGUGUGAGUGAGCGUGUUUGUGGCUUGUGUGUUAGUGCGCACGACUGUGUGUGUGAGUGAGCGUGUUUGUGGCUUGUGUGUUAGUGCGCACAACUGUGUGUGUGAGUGAGCGUGUUUGUGGCUUGUGUGUUAGUGCGCACGACUGUGUGUGUGAGUGAGCGUGUUUGUGGCUUGUGUGUUAGUGCGCACGACUGUGUGUGUGUGUGUGAGUGAGCGUGUUUGUGGCUUGUGUGUUAGUGCGCACGACUGUGUGUGUGUGAGUGAGCGUGUUUGUGGCUCGUGUGUUAGUGCGCACGAUAGUGUAUGUGUGUGUGUGUGUGCGCGCGCGCGCGCGCGCGUGUUGAAACGUCUCCAAGGCACAUUCCAACCCCAUCACCAAUACACUGUUAGAAAUAGAGGCCUGUAUGGUCAGAAGUACUGUGUUCUCCGCUUCAACCAGAGACUGUGACCUUGUUGUGGGUUCUUCAACUUCCAACUUCUACUGUAGCAACACGUUUCAGCUCAUGCACACCACAUAGGCACGCGAACACACAAACACACAUUUUAUGUAAUUUAUUUCUCAUGGUGCUUUCGGUAAUGCUUUUACCACAUCUACAGUACACUGCAAAUACUGCCAUAUCCACACAGCUCAGUGUAACCUAACCACUGUGCUUUGUAGGCGUGAAGUAGCAUGUUGAUGUACUACUGCAAACAAGCUACGUUUUUACCAUUUACUCAAAGGCACAUUUACCUUUUAAAACGGCUGGUUUGUGGUGUAUUUACUGGCCUGGUUGGAAUAUGAGGCUGUGUAUAACAAAAAAUGGCCACCGAUGGAGGUUUCUCAAGUUAUCAGAGUGUAAAUAUUUGUAUAGCUUUUCCAUUCUGUCAGAUUGAUGCCGGGAUUCUAAUCCGAUCGCAUAUAUAAGCAGCGUUUACCAUGAAUGGGAUCUCCGCAAACCUGAGAACAUUCCCUUUAAAAGGGACGGUUUACCCAAAACACAAAAUUACAUAUUGACAUAUUCCUUACCGUGUAGGCAGUCUAUGGACAAGGUAUUUCAGCAAUCCAGGCUUUGGAUUAGUUUCCCUGGCACAGUUUCCACAUGCUAACGUUUUAGCAUUUGUGGCACAAACCCCAUUGAAGCCAAGGUACCAAUAUUAGCAUUUUUCGUGCAUCAAGUCCAAAUCAUCCAAAAGUAUCAAAAUGUUAUUGUGAAGCUCACUAAACGUCAGUUAAAGAUGAUUUGAACAUGAUGCGAAAAAUUCUGAUAUCGGUCCCAUGACUUGAAUGGGAUGUGUACCACAAAUGCUAAAACGUUAGCAUUUGGAAACGGUACCAGCCCACUGCCAGGGAAACUAAACCCAAAGCUUGGAUUGCUGUCAUACGUUGUACAUAGACUGCUUACCGGGUAAAGAAACCAAUGUGUCAUUUUGUAAUUUGGGUGAACUACCCCUUUAAAAAGCCACAAUGUCUAUAACCUGCGAUGGGAUUGAAUCGCGGCCAAAGUCCCAAUAGACGGCAAGCUAGAGCUAGUCAUAGUCACCACGAGAUGAGGGAGAGGAGGACAAGUUAAGCGUCUAGUCCAUUUUGAAAGCCUAUCUUCUCUGUAUAAACACCUUCAAAACUGAAAUGGGACAAGAGAUAUGUCAGUGAGAAAAUGUGAACCCACAUUGCGGGAGGGGAGAGGGGGGGGGGUAUAUUUGGGUGUGGGCAGAGGGAGUAGGGGAGAAACAGCAACAUUGUUUGUUUUGCACCUUAGACUUUUCUACUCCAUUCUCCUUCGACAGUUGCCAACUCGGUGACGAACGGCUGUAAAUAAAAGCAAUAAACUUCUUUCCAAAUGUC